AUGUCGUCCCCGAACUCCUCAUCAAGUGACGGUCGUAUCCUUGGUGGGGCCGCGUCUUCAUUCCCCGGAUUCCAGGAUUCAUGUCUCAAAGACAUCACACCCGCUGGGCAAUCUACCAACUUCCGAAUGCGACGCUCAUCUGCUGCAUGCGAGACAUGCAAGAAGCUGAAGAUACGAUGUAGUCGUGAUAACCCUGGGAUGCCCUGCGCCAAGUGUGCGGCAUUCAAAAUCGACUGCUAUGUUGCCAAAGGUUCCAAACCAAAGCAAUCAGGCUAUCGGCCGCAAAAAGAGAAGGCUGUGAAGAAACUUCCCGUUGAGCGCGCCAAGACAUCAACUCAGAAUGCGAGGCCGCAGACGAGCUUUGUGACACCGCCUCCAACCGUGGCCCCUUCAACGCCGAAGGACACCAUGCCGUCAGUCGACGAUAGGAGUUACAUAAAUCUACUUGCAGAGCCGGGAAUCUCUCGGGAACCAGUCACCGCCACUCACAAAUUAGCUUACCUUGGUGAGCCAUGUAGCAUCGCACUAUUAGGGCAGGAAAGCUUUCCCGAACAAAUUGGGUACACUGCUCCGGUAAACAACACUCCCCUAAGCGACAGACUCGAGAAAUUGGACAGGAUCGAAGUCGAGAUCUUGAUUCGCAAGGGCGCUUUAAUGUUGCCGCCGAAGCCGCUCUGUGAUGACCUCAUCAACUCCUACUUCAAAUGGAUACACCCAAUAAUACCUAUUUUGAAUCAAGCCAGGUUCAUGAGGCAGUAUCGCGAUCGAGAUAAUCCGCCAUCGCUUUUACUUCUCCAAGCUGUAAUAUUAGCUGCGUCGCGCGUAUCCAACAACCCCUUGUUGACCGAUUCGAAUGGGUCAACCGUCACAGCCUCAUGUACGUUUUAUAAAAGAGCAAAGGCACUUUACGACGCCAAUUUUGAAACCGAUCGAGUUACUGUCGUACAGUCACUGAUCUUAAUCGGCUGGCACUGGGAUGGCGUAGACGACGUUGUCAAGAACGUGUAUUACUGGGGUCGCGUGGCAAUCAUCAUCGCUCAAGACACAGGCAUGCAUCGAAGUGUGGAAGCUUCGCACCUCAGCAGCGCCGACAAAAGAUUAUGGAAGCGCAUUUGGUGGACACUAGUUACUCGGGAUCGUUCCAUUGCCGUUGCCUUUGGCCGUCCGGUAAUAAUAAACCUGGAUGAUUGCGACGUCGAAACACUCGAGCAUGACGACUUCAUUGACGAUGACGAAGACUACGAGAGAUUUGCCGUCUACACCUAUACUCCUGAACCAGAACAUGUACACUUCUUCUUGAGAUACGUUGAAUUAUCCAAGAUUAUGGGCCGAAUCCAGUCAUCGCUAUAUUCAGCCCUGCCCACAGGUCAACAGAACAUGCCCGAAGUGCUACGCAUAGACAAAAGCCUUGCCAUCUGGCUUCGAGAAUGUCCCGAUACCGUUUUUUGGCCGCGCUGCCAGCCUAAUUUCUGGGCUUCGCUACUACACUUAAAUUAUUACACGGCAGUGUGCAUGGUACACAGGUUUCCAUUAUCCGUUGGAAGUUCGGAAACUUCCUUGCAGGAGACGUGGAACCACCCUUCACGAGACAUAGCAUUUCAUGCAGCAGCGAUGAUAACGUCUAUUGUUGAGAAGCUGGCGGAAGAAGACCAAAUACGAUACUGUCCCGCAUACAUUGUGCAUACACUUUUCUCGGCGUUCGUCAUGCAUGUGUAUCAGAUGAGGUCACCAGAGUUGUAUGUCAGACGAACAGCUCAAGGGCGCUUGUAUAGUUGCAUGCAGGUCACCAAGAGGAUUUCGAAUGUGUGGCUAGUAGGGAAGAUGGUUCACAAGGUCAUUGAAUUCGUGGUGGACAAUAAGCUAUUUGAGGAACAUUUCCGCAAGGCUAAGGAUGACUAG